CAGCAUUGGCCAUCUCUGUGGUAUUUAGCUCAGAGUGUGUGGAGGUUGACUCUGAACUCCAGCCUUUUUGAAGGAAGCAAGACUCUGAGUCAUAAUUUUGAGAGUCAGAUAAAAGAAGACUUUGACCUGCACAUAGACCUCAAUAAUGGUUCAGGAAAGAGAGCUACAAGGGAAGGCAGUCUGCUGGUCCCUGAGACUCUGGUCAGCUGCUGUGAUUUCCAUCUUACUCCUCAGCACCUGUUUCAUUGUGAGCUGUGUGGUGACAUACCAGCUUGGGGUGGACAAGCCCAGUAGAAGACUGUCUGAACUCCACACAAACCAUUCCAGUCUCACCUGCUUCCGUGAAGUGUCAAUGGUAUCAGACAAAGUCUGGAGCUGUUGCCCAAAGGAUUGGAAGCCUUUUGGUUCCUACUGCUACUUGGUUCCCACAGACACUUCAUCAGCAUCUUGGAACAUGAGUGAGGAGAAGUGCUCCCACAUGGGUGCUCAUCUGGUGGUGAUCCAUAGCAAGGAAGAGCAGGAUUUCAUCACUGGGACCCUGAGAAGAAAUGCUGCUUAUUUUAUUGGGUUGAGGGAUACAGGUCAUGGACAAUGGAGAUGGGUUGAUCAGACACCAUACAAUGAGAGUGCCACAUUCUGGCACAAAAAUGAGCCCAGCAAUGAUGAUGGAAAAUGUGUUAUGAUAAAUUAUCGUUAUAAUAGUGGAUGGGGCUGGAAUGAUAUCCGCUGCAGCGAGGAACAGAACUCAAUUUGUCAGAUGAAUAAAAUACACUUAUGAAUCCUACAUUAUCCAUGGGCAUUCGAUUUCAUUGUUAUCUACCAUUACAUGGACACCUGGGAAGUUCUACAAACACGAGAGCUGUUCACAGAAUUUAGGUGGGCAGCUAAUGGCUAUGCAUAGGUCCUUGUGUAUUUAUCCACCUACUCUGUCAUAAAAUGCAGUUCCAUUUAAAGUUUUCUAUGUGCCCAAGAGCAUACAGAGUCCCUUUUGGGCACAGGUGGAACUUUCUGCCAACUCCCCAAGAUUCCUUUUACUCAUGCCAUAGUAUGAUGUGUUUUCUUGAUCUGUGUUUCUGUUUUUAAUAUAUCAUUGGAAUUACUGACAUUAAAUUGAGAAGUAAAAUUAUA